GAAGUUACAUCAGUAUGCAUAAUGAAGCAAGGAGAGAGCAGUCCGGGGGCCGUUUGGAGGCAGUCUCUUUGGUCUGUUCUCACGGUCCGAUAAGUGUGCAACUGGCAGUGCGGAAAGCGUCCGCAGAACAUUUAAGGAGGGUGUAAAAUCCACAUGCAAAAGAGGGCGAAGGGAAUCUGGCAGAGACGUCAAGUGAAAUUAUUAGAAGGGCAUGGAGUUGAGUUACAGUCUGCAUUGUCUUGACAAGGCUGAUUUUAUGGGCUACUUUUCUUUGUAUUGAAUUCGGCGGACGUGUCAUUAUGCAUCACCAAGCUGCCGUCCCAAAGACAAGAGGUGAUAAUUAUCUGAGCAUAAAGGAUUCGGAAUCCCUUGAUACUUAUAUCCAGAAUACUCUUUCGUCUCUCUACCCACCUUUUGAAGCCACGGCUGCUACUGUUCUCUGGCAGCUGUUCAGCAUUGUUGAAAAGUUCUACCGUGGAGAUGGUCUCAGAUGUCUAAUUGAUUUCCUUGUCCCAGCCAAGAGAGUCUUGCAGAGCAUCCAGCGGGAAACCUGUGGCAAUUAUACCGGCCUUAUUUUCUACCAUGAAGGAUGGCCAUUGUGCAUCCAUGAGAAAAUUGUAGUCCAGCUGGCCCCUCUCCACAAAGUCCGUUUAAAACCUGGAGAUUUCUACUUCCAAAUCGUGCCGGUGGGGAAGCAGUCAGCCAGCCUCUUGUUAAAAUGCCUCUCCAGACAUGGGCCAGGAAUGGAAGAAGUCAUUGUACCUGAAACCAUGUAUGGCUAUAUUUUCACAGCAGAGUUUUUGGAAAAUGUGAAUUGCAAACGGGAUGGCUGUCCCUUGCAGAGCUGCCUGCUGACCACGGGUCCAGCCACCUACAGGACUCCUUGGAAGAAUAUUGUGAAUCCUAUCUUUAUUCCGACAGCUGAAACCAUCCUGCAAAACUAUUCUGGGAAUUCUCUGCUUGAGAGGUUAAUCCUCAACGAUCCUGAUGCUAAAGCCAUGGCUCAGACCCUAGAAAGCAGCAGCUCCCGUGAGAGUUCCACAUCGAAUGACACGGGCUCUACCAUGAUAGAGGUACCUCUGGCACACAGUUGUGGUCACCAGAGCAAUGAUGAUUCUGUCACGUGUCACGGUCCUGAAAACCAGGCUGGAGUGGAAAGCUCAGACACCUCAGCCGAGGAUGGCAAAGGUGAUGAGUCAAAUCCAAGAGCACUUUCUGAAGGAUGCCCACCUACGGACUCCAUUUCAGGCCAAGCCACCAGGGAACCUGGAGAGACUUCUGAAUUGACUGCAGGUUUUUUGAAAGAUGAUGCACCAACUCCUCCGCUUGUGAAAAGGAAUGGUGCUAGAAGUAUAACUUUUGGUACCGACUUGAGCAGCCCGCGUCAAAGAGGGCGGGAUUCUGUGUACUUUGAAACAAAACGUUUGUUUAGAAAGUCGUACAUAGAAGCGUUGCAAAACCCAAUGAACCUGGGCUCCAGCUCUGAGGAAUCGAUUGCAGAGGAAGAACUUUCAAGGCAUGUAAUGGAUUCAGGGGAGGCAAGGAGUGAUUCCAGAAGCAAAAUAUGUGGAAACUGUGUCAAGCAAGAGAACUUCUCUAGCGGAGUCCUGGCAAGAGGGGAGGAACCGAAAGAAGACAUUAUUAGAUUCGGGGAUCAUUCCCAAGCUUCAGAAAAAUCCUUUGUACCUCACAAAACUUCUUCCAUGGCAGGUUGUAGGUUAGACUCAAGAAGAUCUCGGUCUUUAGACAGGACACUUGAGAGUUCCCGAAGUAAAGAUCACAAGCCCAGGGCUGCCUCAGAUGGAAUGUUUGGUGCAAAUCCCAAAAAGCUCUUAAACGGACAUUCUGUAAAGCUGGAGAAACUGGAUUCGCACUUCCAUGAAUUCACUUCCUCAGAAAACCAAAAAUCCAGCCAAGAGGGUGAAGUGUUCUCUCCAGACCCAGCAAGAGGCUCCAGAAUCAGUUUCCAGAGUUGCAAGUCUAAUGUAAACACGAGGCUUCGGCGUGAGAAUGAACUCUUGGCCAGUAGCGGGGAUCCUGACUGUACGAUUCCCAGCCAGCUGCUUGAAGUGAAUCAAGAAUUACUGCAGUCAGGAAUCAUAACUCUGUGUGGAAACAGGGACCGUGGUGGAAGAGCCGUGGUGCAGGUCUGCGUUAAAAACGGUGUGUGGUUCAGUGAGCAUUCCAGAGUCCAGGAGCUCACUCGACUUCUGAUGUAUCUCUACAGCAUCCCAAGAAAGGAGGUCCGUGUUUUGGGACUACUCAUUUUAAUGGAUGCUCGCAAAAGUCAGAAUGUACCUGUCUUUUUCAAAGCCUUGGCAGCUUUACAGGGUGCCAUUCCUCACUCUGUUCACAGUGCUCUGAUAUUGACUGAUAAGGAAUCCAUUUUCAAACCUGACAAAGAGGUUGCUGUUCAGUGUGAAGUUCUUUCAUCACUGAAAGCUUUGCUUAGGUACAUCGACUGCGCUCAGUUGACAGCUGACUUUGAUGGAAUUUUCCCCUACAAUCACAAUGACUGGAUACGUUUCAGAAGGAAACUUGAGCCAUUUGUUACCAGCUGCCAAGAAGCCAUUGUUUUCUUACAGUAUUCUGUGUGUUCACUUAACAAUACUCCAACGCCAGUCACUGCACAGGAAGCGAAUGACUUGAUACACAAGCACAAGACCAUGAUGAAGCUGGUUCUGGAAGACGAACUGUUGGUGACCUUAAGACUUGAGGGCGGGACAAUCUUGGCAAGGCUUCGAAAAGAGGAGUUCUGCAAUACAGAUGAUUAUCGAGAUGCCAUGGAAACAGCUACGAGGCUAUAUAAUCAAGUAGAUGAGGAAGUUCAUAGGCUGGUUCUGUUGUCUAAUAAGUGCUUGCAGCAACUGGAGAAUUUCUUGGCAAUGAGAAAAUUUGAAGAAGGCUGUGAUCAGAUAAAAAUUUGGUUUGAAAAUGAGAGCAAGAGGUAUCUCAGCCCAUUGGACCAAGAACAGUUUUCCCCUGAAAAAGUGAAAAUGAAGCAGGAAGAAUUCCAAGGUUUCCAUGACAGAGCAAUGCAAUACUCCCAGAAGGGACUGGAACUCAUCGAGGAGAAUUCUGCUUUAAGCUCUGAGGAGGAAUUUCAGACCUUCAGCAGAUAUCUGAACAACAUCACCAUUCAGACAGAGAAGAGGAGAAGGGAGCUGGAGAAGCUGAUCAAGUUGUAUGAAUUUUAUGAAACGGCUCACAAGUGGAUGCUUCAUUGUAACGAGUACCUUGAGCAUCUUUCAGCGGAAGCCAAAUAUUCCCAGUCAGCAAUUCAUUGUCUUCAGAGUUACCACCAGGAAGCGACAAAGGUUUCUGCAGAAAACUUUCAGAGAGUCAACGAGGUUAUCAUCGCCCUGGGUAGCAAAGAAGAACUAAAGCGGUGGAAUAUCUUAUGGCUGCAAUGCCAGCAGGCCAAGCACCACUUAGAAGAGGUCCUUUCUGAAGCACUUAGAGGUUCCAGCCCAGAAGAAACCACCAGGGCACUCCAGGAAGCUGGCCAAAGGGGUAGCCACGGCCUGGGAAACGAACCUGGAACUCAGCACUGCCCCACCACUAGCCCUGAUGAUAACCUCUGGGACACAAAGUCACUUUGUACAUUUCAGCAGGGCAGCCUAACAGAUGGCGCCUCUCCUUUUGUAAAUCAGAGGGAUGGAACUCAAAGCACAGAGGUGUUUUCUCCUGUUUACCCUUCCCAGUCACAAGUGCGCACUCCACUGCUGGGUAGGUUUCGAAGGACUAGCUGUGCUUCAGAGGAUUUGGACAGCAUCUCCACCUGCCACUCUGAGCCAGUCCAAACCCCCACCACCCGUCACAGGAAACACCCGCUAAAGAAGAUCAUGAAGAAGACACAGAGUUUUGAACUGACCCGACACGAGAGCAGCCACCGUGAAGAUCACCACCUGGGAUACACCGGCGUUUACAUCAGAGGACUGGAGGUGGCCAGUAAUGUCGCCGCAGAGAAGAGGCACACGCAGCGCUCCACUGUUAAAAGCCCUUUGGUUGGCAGGAAUCGGAGCCUAUCGUCUCCGUCACGAAUUCACCACGUGGCAGAAGAAGAAGAAGAAAGAAAAAGAGCGGGAAGUAGCAAAGUGCACCAUAUAAUGGAUGAGAUGAUCACAACAGAAAGGGAAUAUGUCAGAUCCUUGGGCUACAUCAUCGACAGUUAUUUUCCAGAAAUGGAAAGGAUCGACUUGCCUCAGGACUUGCGAGGAAAACGGAACAUCAUCUUUGGGAAUUUAGAAAAACUGUAUGAUUUCCAUUGCCAGUAUUUCCUGAAAGAGCUGGAACGCUGCACCGACAACCCCCUGCGAGUCAGCCACUCUUUUCUCAGACACGAAGAACAGUUUGGGAUGUAUGCGUUGUACAGCAAGAACAAGCCACAGUCAGAUGCCCUACUCAUAAACCAUGGAAAUACCUUCUUCAAAAAUAAGCAACAGGAACUGGGCGAUAAAAUGGAUCUGGCUUCUUAUCUGCUGAAACCUAUCCAGAGGAUGAGCAAAUAUGCUCUCCUUUUGAAGGAUCUGAUCAAGGAGUGCUCAGCGGCACAAGAGCAGGAGCUCAGCGCCCUCCGUGCUGCUGAAGAAAUGGUCAAGUUUCAGCUUCGCCAUGGGAAUGAUUUGCUUGCUAUGGAUGCCAUCAGAGGAUGUGAUGUCAAUCUAAAGGAGCAAGGGCAACUGAUGUGUCAAGAUGAGUUUAUCGUGUGCUGUGGAAGAAAGAAGUAUCUGAGGCACGUCUUUCUCUUUGAAGAUCUCAUCUUGUUCAGCAAAACAAAAAAGAUUGAUGGAGGAUACGACAUUUACAUGUACAAACAGUCAUUCAAGACGGCUGAGAUUGGAAUGACUGAGAAUGUCGGAGACAGUGGCCUGCGAUUUGAAAUCUGGUUCCGAAGGCGAAGGAAAUCCCAGGACACUUACAUCCUUCAAGCAAACUCAGUGGACACAAAGACUGCGUGGACUAACAUCAUCGGCAAGAUCCUUUGGAGGCAGGCACUGAGAAACCGAGAACUCCGAAUGCAAGAAAUGGUGUCCAUGGGCAUUGGGAACAAACCGUUCAUGGAUAUCAAGCCCAGCGACGCAGCUAUAAGCGACAGAGCAAUUGACUACAUCAUGAAAGGAGCAGAGUCAAGGACUCGUGCCUCGAUCGCUGUUUCCUCCUUUGACCACUCCACUCCGUUUAAGAGGCCUCACUCCACCAUCUCCAACAGCAGCACGUCUUCCUCCAGCAGCCAGUCCUCCUCCUCCAUCCUGGGCUCACUGAACUUGCAUGUGUAUUCGACGCCAUCUCAUCCUGGCUUAGUUGGGCCACCUUUCUACCACUGGUCGUACGAUGUCCGAACCUGCAUUGAGGAAGAUGAACUGGAGCAAGAAACUGGAAGCCAGCCUUCCAUGAUUACCGAGAGCUCUGAGUCCUCCCAGUGCACGUCAGGUGAAAGUCUGUGCGGGUUCAGUGGCUCUGCCCCGGCUGGGCUCUCCUCGCUGCCUUCAGAGGGGUUUCUAGAUGAAGAAGGGAGUCCCAGCCCUGGUUCUUCCAAGCUGCCCUCGCAAUGCACAUCGCCCGCUCUCUCCGAGAAGAACCCCCGAUCCAAGGCCAGCCCUCAGUACAUCACAGAGUUCCCUCAGCAACAAAUCCAGAGAGCAAAACUAAUCACUGGGACUCUGCCAGUUCAAAAGCAGCUGCUCACCUGUCCUCACUAA